AGUCAUCAUUGAAUCUGUAAGAGAAUGGUACCAACUCUCUUGUAUCCUUAUUAGAAGCAUCUUUUGUUGUCAUCUUCUUUUUCGAAAGCCCAUUAUCUUCCCUUUUCCCACCAAAACUCAUACUCAAUCUUUUUGGUCAGCACUCUCUUGAUCAUUUAUGGGCAAAGCAAGAUCCAUGGUCUCACUCUUCUUCUUGGUGAUCUUCCUUGUUCGAGCUCAGAGAUCAACGGCAGAGUCGACUACAGAGUUCAUUUUCCAAGGUUUCAAAGGAAACCAAUCAGAUAUUCAGUUACAAGGAGAUUCAACAAUCACGCCCAACGGACUAUUGAGGCUUACCGAUCGAAACUCAAACCUUGCAGGUACAGCUUUCUACCACAAACCGGUGAGAUUGCUGGACAGUAAUUCGUCGGUUCGCUCCUUUAGCACAUCUUUCGUGUUUGUCAUCAUACCUUCAAGCUCAGACAACGGAGGUUUCGGCUUCACCUUCACACUAUCUCCAACCCCAAACAGGACAGACGCGGAAUCCGCACAGUACUUGGGGCUUCUCAACGAAAGAAACGAUGGUGAUCCGAGCAAUCACGUUUUUGCAGUGGAGUUCGACACGGUACAUGGAUUCAAAGACGACACAAACCGAAUAGGCAACCACAUCGGUCUAAAUUUCAACAGUCUCUCUUCAGAAGUCCAAGAACCUGUGGCUUACUUCAACAAAGAUGGCAAGAAAGAAGAUUUCCAACUUGCGAGCGGCGAGCCAAUCCAAGUCUUUUUGGAUUACGACGGACCAACCGAAACACUAAAUCUAACUGUUUACCCAACCAGACUGGGAUCUAAGCCCAGAACUCCUAUGAUCUCACAACAACAUGUCCCUAAACUGUUACAAGUAGUGCAAGAAGAAAUGUUCGUAGGAUUCACUGCAGCCACGGGGAGGGAUCAGUCGAGUGCACACUACGUGAUGGGAUGGAGCUUCUCAAGCGGAGGAGACCGUCCGGUUGCAGCUACGUUGAAUCCCUCGGAGCUUCCUCCUUCGCCUCCAAAUAGGGCGAAGAAGAGAGGUUACAGUGGGAAGGUCAUCGCCCUAAUCGUAGCUUUAUCGACUGUUAUAUCGAUCAUGUUCCUCUUAUUUGUAAUCUUCAUGUUAUACAAAAGGAGAUUGCAGCAAGAGGAGAUCCUCGAGGAUUGGGAAGUCGAUCAUCCUCACCGAUUUCGAUACAAAGAUCUGUAUGCGGCUACGGAUGGAUUCAAGGAGAACAGGAUUAUAGGAAGCGGAGGAUUCGGAACUGUUUACAGAGGAAGCAGCAUCAAAACCAAAUCAUCUUCUUCUUCCGAUCAAAUCAUCGCAGUGAAGAAGAUAACUCCGAAUAGCAUGCAAGGUGUUCGAGAGUUUGUGGCAGAGAUAGAGAGUUUAGGGCGUUUGAGGCAUAAGAAUGUGGUCAACCUCCAAGGAUGGUGCAAACAAGGAAACGACCUCUUGCUGGUUUACGACUACAUCCCCAACGGAUGCUUGGACUCGCUGCUCUACAGCAAACCCAGACGAAGCGGCGCCGUUUUGUCGUGGAACGCGCGUUUUCAGAUCGCUAAAGGAAUCGCGGCUGGGCUGCUGUAUCUCCACGAAGAAUGGGAAAAGAUUGUGAUUCACAGAGACGUCAAACCCAGCAACGUUCUCAUCGACGCUGACAUGAACCCUAGACUUGGAGAUUUCGGGCUCGCCAGGCUUCACGAGCGAGGAUCGCUGCAGCACACCACCGUAGUCGUCGGCACGAUUGGGUAUAUGGCGCCGGAGCUCACACGCAACGGAAACUCCUCGUCGGCUUCCGACGUUUUCGCUUUCGGCGUUUUGCUGUUAGAGAUCGUCUCCGGGAGAAAACCGACGGAUUCUGGUAGCUUCUUCUUGGGAGAUUGGGUGAUGGAGCUACAAGUGAGCGGUGAGAUCCUCGGUGCGGUCGAUCUUAGACUCGGAUCUGGUUUCGACGAAGAGGAGGCAAGGCUUGCUCUCGCCGUCGGUUUGCUCUGUUGCCACCCCAAAAUGGGAUAUCGUCCGACGAUGGGAAUGGUGCACAAGUAUCUCAACAGAGACGAGGAUGUACCUGAGGUUGAGGUUGAGGAGUAUUCACAUUCUUCAAGAAGAAGCGUUUCAAGGUCCAAGUACUACGGAGGAGGAUACGUUUCAUCGUUUGAUAGGGUUUCGAGCUCAUCUCUCACCAGAAUUUCCUCAAGUUCGUUUAUCAGUGCUAGAUAGUAACUCUUUUUUUUCUUUCUCAAAGAUUGUAACUCAUUUAACUCUUUUUUUUUUUUUUGUCACUGUCACAGAUAGUAACUCAUUUAUCAAGUGCUAGAUAGUAACUUUUUUUUGUGUGUGCACUGUUUCAUUAAACUAAUUGAAGUUUUAUCAUCUUCGCAAUAUGUUUGUUAUACAUCCGAUUAUCUUUGUCGAACAAUUGUAAUAUAUUAGUUAUUUAAUUUUCUAUGCAAUCGUCUAUAAAGCAAUAUGAUUAAGGGCCUGACUGGUUCAAACGCAGCGGUUGCGGUUGCGGUUGCGGGAGUUUGUGGAUGCGGGCGGUUGCGGUUUCUAGCGGUUUU